UUACGCGCGAGCGCCAGCUGACUGCACGAGUUUGCACCGUGCCCAAACCAACUUUUCACCUGGAACGGAUUUGCUCUUCACUAAUGACCAGGACCUCGUUGGCUGCCCUCAUCACUCCGAGUCAGUCCGAGUUGUGGAUGUGUUCCGCUCGGUGAUCUGUGUUUGCUGUACGGGACUAGUGUUCUAGUGUUCCCUCGACAGGUGCCAUGAGGCUGCUCUGCUGGAGCCUUCUGCUGCUCAUCCAGUGGAUGCGGACACAGGUGCAUGGCUUGGAGAAACACGUGGGCAAAUCUCUGGAUUAUCUGGAGCAGGGAGCGUCCAGCACAGUUUUCAAGAGCCUUCCAUACGGCGUUCCCGCUCCAUCAGGAGCCGUCAAACCUCCACACCAGACCUCCAGGAUAUUCUCCACGCUGGACCACACGCCCACGAAGCCCAAACCACCCACCUUCAGCUUCCAGAACCCCUACGAAUGGGUGCGAAACCAGUCUCAUCUCCAGGACCACACAGGCUACCGUCCCAAACGCAAACCCUCCCUCAAAACCUCCAUGAAGACUAAAAAGAUCUUCGGCUGGGGCGACUUCUACUUCAACGUCAAGACGCUCAAGUUCAGUCUGCUGGUGACGGGGAAGAUCGUGGACCACGUCAACGGGACGUUCACGGUCUACUUCCGCCACAACUCCUCCAGUCUCGGGAACGUGUCGGUGAGCAUCGUUCCUCCGUCCAAAAUUGUCGAGUUUGAGGUUCUCCAGAAACCCCUUCACCCGGAGAUCCAGUUCCACCAGCAGCACCAGUCCACCGUCGACCCCAAAGACAUCAAAGCCUUCAACUGUCGCGUGGAGUACGAGAAGACGGACCGCUCCAAGAAACCCAAACCCUGUCUUUACGAUCCAUCGCAGACCUGCUUCACUGAAAACACCCAGUCGCACUCGUCCUGGCUCUGCGCCAAACCCUUCAAAGUCAUCUGCAUCUUCAUCUCCUUCUUCAGCUUCGACUACAAGCUGGUGCAGAAGGUCUGUCCGGACUACAACUUUCAGAGCGAGCAUCCGUAUUUGGGAUGAAGCGGCUGGGACUUCACGAGGCAUUAUGUUUUCUUUGUAUAUAGAAAGAACCACCCUAAUUUGUUAAGCUCUUAAAGGGGUCAUCGGAUGCUACAUGCACUUUUACAAGUUGAAAAUGUAUUCAGAUUUGUGACGAUUCAAUUCGGUUGAGAUGCUAAACAGAUCGCGAUUCAAUUAGGGGAGGAGUUUAUAUGAAUGUGUGUCUGAGGGGAACUUACUGUCUUAAGAAAAGUUUAGAUGUUAUUUUUUCUUUCCAUCUUGCCUCUGUAUGAUGCAUAUUAAAGUUCAUAAGUGCAGCACUGCUUUGUUUACAGCGGUAACCAAGGAAACAGUGUAUCAUUGCUGUUCAUAAGUGCAGCGCUGCUUUGUUUACAGCGGUAACCAAGGAAACAGUGUAUCAUUGCUGUUCAUAAGUGCAGUGCUGAUUUGUUUACAGCGGUAACCAAGGAAACACUUUAAGCUCCACCUGCUGGCAGAGAGUUGAUCUGCUUCUCGUUGUCUGCUGUUUCGGUUAGUUUUGUUAUUUACAUUUACAUUAUAAUUACAUUACUCAUUUACCAGAUGCUUUUAUCCAAACUGACUUACAAAUGAGGACAGUAAUAGCUAUCAAAACCAAAAGUGCUAUAUUAGUAUAUUAUUAUAGUGCUAUUUUUACAUUUUACAAAGAAAUGGUCAGCAUUUUGUCCAAGCAAUAAUAUAAGGACACAUUUAAUUCAUAAUUUCUCUUAAAUCUCAUUGGAUUAAAAAAAAAAAGGUGAAUCGAAUCGUGAGUUGAGUGAAUCGUUAUAUCUCUACUCCUAAGCGAUUGAGGUUUUUUGUUGUUGGAUGUAAUAAUGAACACAUGCUGAAGACGCAGCGGAUUACGUUUGUUUCUGAAGGGAAUGCGCUCCUGAUCUACAUAAAUGUGUCAAUGUUCACACAAAUCAUUCAUGAUCCAACUUCACAUUCAGAGGAAAGAGACAGUACAGCUUUUUAAUGAAUCUUUGCAAAUCACCUUUCCUAAUAAUGUGCUAAUUAGCAGGUUUCACAAUGAAUGGGAUUGAGAGUGACUGGAAGAGAGGGGCGGAGUCAGCAGAGCUCAUUAACAUUUAAAGGAACAUGCUACAAAACUGUUUGUCCUGAAAAGAGCUGUUUUGGACCAGGUAAAAGGUGUUUUUUACAUUACCACUGAGAAAUUGUAACCAAACUUUGUUACAGACGUUUCAUUAAGACCUUAAAGAAUUAUAUGAACUUGUGUAAUAUGGGCAUCCGAUGACCACUUUAAUAUUAAUUUCUUUAUUGCUUUUGUCCGUUUUCGUCCGUCGACUGUUAGACAGUUUUUUCUACUGAUCCUGCUUAUGUCUUUCAGAAUGGAUCUGAUGGAUCUAAGACGAAAACCAGCUCGUGGUUUCUUCAGAUCUGUCACUGAUAGCUAAUGACAAACCUGUUAUCGGUCUGAUCAGGGUUUCACAAACUCGACUGAUAGUUAAAGUCAACAUAACAGUCUAUAUAACAGAUGAAUGGUAAAUUUUACUAAUGGUCAUGAAGACAAAUGUUUAUUUUCUUUACAAUGUAAUGAUGAAUCAACCAGGAACUUGAAUUUGUUUUGAUUUGAAGAAGAUUUUCAUGAAGCAAAACCAUUAAGGUUGAGUUUUCCCCUUAAACUACACUCUUUAAAAUAAAGAUGUCCAUAGAGAAACUUAAAGAAGCGUUAAGUGAACCAAAUCUUAAAAUUAACCUUUUUUUUCUGUCAGUGAAGAACAUUUUUAAUGAUCUUAAGAUGCUUUAUCCGCUAUUAAGAACCUGUAGUGUUUCUGUGGAUGUUAAAGGAGCCAUCAAUACGAAUGAAGAUGCUUUAUUUUGAAGAGUGUAGAUUCAUCAGCAGAAUCUCCAAAAGCUUUCUUGAGUCGUAAACCAGGUUUAAUGGUCAAAACAUUGAGCAAAAUCCUGCAGGAACUCUGAGAGGGAAUAAUAAACAGAUCCAAAUGAAUGUAUUUAAUAGAAUGUUAUCCAACCCCGUAUGAAUUACCUUUAUAUAUAUGAUGAAAUUAAAGAUAUGGCUUAUCUAUUUACUCUGAAUAAAGCUUGAAGAGACACAAAGAGGAAUAUAUGGGUGAGAUGCUGACACGUUUCAUUCUUGUUUUUCAAGUCGAGCACCAAAUGGAAACGUCUUUCUUUAUUUUCUGGACACCGAUCAGUCUGUGAAUCAGAGAUAUGAGAGGAGCGCAGCAGUUCUGUGAAUAAAGCAUUGCUUGAUGAUGUGUAUAGUAUACGGGGGGGGAAUUGUGUGUAAAUAAUGUAUCACAAAUAAAUAAUUAAAUCUAA